AGAUUGGGCAGUAGCGCGGUCUCGCGGACCAAGGUACAAAAGAGCAUAACAUGGCAACUAAUGUCAGUCUGGUCCCUAAUGACCCUGAAGACAAGUGCAAUCACUCUGAAGUUCUGGCCUGGAUCAACAAAUCACUUCAGACCAAGUUUACUCAAGUGGAGCAGUGUUGUUCAGGAGCAUGUUAUUGCCAGCUCAUGGACUGGCUCUUCCCAGGGUCCAUCGACAUGAGCAAAGUAAAGUUUCAAUCCCAAGAGGAGUCUGAUUUCCUGCAGAACUACAGUCUUCUGCAGACAGCUUUCCAGAAAAGAGGCGUGACGAAGUCGGUUCCUGUGGACGAGCUUCUCAAAGGAAAUAUAAGAUCCACCUUUACCUUUCUAAAGUGGUUCAUGACAUUUUUUCUUACCAAUGAGGGGCAGGAGAGACAGCUUUACAACCCAAUUGAAGCACGUGAUGGUCAGGAUAUUGAACUUGUAGACAGCCUCAAUAGGUCUCAGAAAUCCUGGAAAAUUCCGCAUGAUUCUGGCAUCAUAAGAGAUGAGCUUGACAUGGAAUUGAGUGGAAAGGAGCAAGUUGUGACUUAUGACCCUAAAUGGCAAAAAAACAUGAAAUGGAUCAGGGCCAGUGAUCUGGGGGACAAUUUUGCUUACUGUAUUUUGUGUGACACCAACAUCAUGCUGCACGCAGGUGUUUUUGAUCUGAAACAACACCAGCAGAAUAAAAAGCAUAUGAAGCAUGAAAUGGGAACAUUAAAUUCAUCUAAAAGAAAGCAGGUUGAAGACUCAAUUUCCUGUAGUGAAAUCAUGCUGCUCUUCAUUCAAACUCAUUGCCUUACCAGUUUAUCCUCAAGGAUCAACAAGGUCUCUCAACGUACUGCAAGAUAUAUCCUUGGACUACAGUACCCAAACGACAUUGUUUCUGCAUGUAAGCUGAACCCGUACUGUGUUUACAUGUGUGGGCAGGUGCCACUUGAUGCAGAGAGCGGAGAAAAGAGCUGCCAUGUGGUACUUGUGGGAUUUUUUGAUGAAAAGCUAGCAAAGUAUUCCAUCCGUAUUCUUGAUGUCUUUCAAGCAUUUGCUGAAAAUUGUUCUGUAACUGGAUGUUUACUCAACGUCCUGCAAAAGUUUGAGCUUCCUGCUAAAAAUAUGGUUGCAUUCUACAUUGAUGACCAGGACCAGACCUCAGAGAGUGUUGUCAUGCAGAUUCGGGAGCUCAACCCAAAGAUGAUUGAUCUUGGAGAACUUUACAGUUUACCGGAUUCUGUCUGCAAUACUGGCCUAAUGGGCCACUCUAGUGAGGUUCAGGAACUUAUUGUGAACAUAUAUGGACACUACUCAAAUUGUUCCACCAGUAAUGACAACCUCAAGAUGCUGUUUGCUGGCAUUGAUGGACUAAAAGACUCCAGGCCACUGCUCUCAAUCAACUGUGAGGCGUUUUGUGUGCUUCUUCAAAGGAUGCUCGGAAUGUGGACAGAUUUGGCAUCAUACUACACUUCCUGUGAUGAGAACAGUGAUAAAGCUAAGCAGAUUUGUACCCAGUUGAAGAACCCUAAAAUCAGGGUCACGUUGAUGUUCCUGGAUCAUGCCCUUGGACCAUUACGUGCCUUCGGACAACGGCUGCAACGUUGCAGAGGCUCUGCUCGUGCUGAUCUUGUGCAGGUUCUUCGAGAAGCAAGUGGGCUCUUGCGAUAUUAUGCCUCCAGCUUUCUUCGCCCUCAAGCUGUCAUACGUUACCUGGAGGAACAAGAUCCAGCCAUCCUGGAUAACUUAACAUUCUGUCUUCCUGCUACGGAGCUCAGUCUAGGUGGGGCAGUAGAAGACUUCAUCUCUGCACAAGAAGAGGAACUAGCAGACUCCCUGAAUGUUUUUCAGGAAGAGUGUUUAGCAUUGUAUAAAACACUUACUACUUGCAUUGCUGACAGUCUACCUCUAAGCGAUGGGAUCCUGAGGAGCAUGUCACAGAUUCUCAGUCCAGCAGGAAGGUUAAAAAUCACUGGAAAGAGUGUAGUUGACCUUGCUGUACAGUUUGGACUAUGUGCCAAAUCUGAGGAAUCGGCUAAGCUCAUCAAUGAGUUCUUGCAGUACCAGAGUGUAGAGGAUGAGGAGCUGAAAAUGGAAUUUGGGUUUGAUGAAGGACUUCAAGAUAAAUCUUCAACCCUUUUCCUGGAACGAUACUGGAGUAGUGCCCUUAAGACUUUUGCACCAGAAUCCAUCUUCAGAAGACUUGUUCUCAGUCUUUUGGCUUUGCCCUGUCCAUCUAUUGAAGCAGAAAAGAUCUUUGCUCAGGCUGUCGAAAAUGGUGAUGCUGGUCAUUGGGAUGACAGUUCAAACAAAAGUUACUCCUCCUUAGAGCACACUGAAGUCAAGGCCCAAUGCCACAAAAAUGUGUGGAAGAAAAAAGCUGCAAACAGCACAUCCGAGACGGUUCAACACUCAGUCACAUUGAAGCCAUGUGUGGUGCGACUGGAGAAGAUCACCAGUCUGCGAGAAAUGGACUUAAAGAAAAAUGGAGCAGACCAUGAUGUUAUGUGGACCAGUAACUCAUUUCAGAAGGCGAAGAACGAAGCUCGUUCAUCUAGAUCCAGUGUUGCGAUGCCAUGCCCCAAACCUGGGAAGAGAGAUUUGACGUACCAGGAUAAUAAGGGUUUUGUCAAUGGAGAGCUCGUGUGGGGGAAAGUGAAGGGCUUGUCUUGGUGGCCUGGGCUGGUAAUAGCGUGGAAGGGCAGAACAGUUCCCAUGUCCAUGAGGUGUGUGGAGUGGUUUGGAGAUGCCAUGUUUUCAGAGAUUCAUACAGAGGGGCUGUUGCCCUUCUCUGCAUUUGCAUUGUGCUUCUGUAGUAAAUCCUUUGAAGGUCUGCGUACCUACAAAGAUGCCAUUUACCAAGUCCUGGAGUUGGCAGGGGAACGCUGUGGGAAGACUUUCACCAGCUCUGGGAGAAGCUCGGAAGAUAUGAAAACCAUGCUAGACUGGGCAUUUGGAGGUUUCAAGCCCACAGGUCCCGAUGGCUUUUUGCCUUCUACAGACAGUUCAUCUAGUAAUAAAGCGGAGUCAUCGGAUUCCUCUGUGUCUGAUUUUCAGCCACCAGCCAAGAAAAAAUAUGUCAAGAACAAACAGUCCACUCAAGAAUAUACCAGAAAGAAAAUGGUCCAUGCAGUCUUAGAUAAAUGCAAAAAUAUUAAAGAUUUCUGUCUGUCCUGUGGAAGUCCCAGCAUUGAAAUUUUCCAUCCUCUCUUUGAGGGAAGCCUUUGUUUUAAAUGCAAGGAGAACAUUACAGAGACCCUGUACAAAUAUGAUGAUGAUGGCUAUCAGUCAUACUGCACUGUCUGCUGUGCUGGCCUGGAGGUCAUUCUCUGUGGGAAUAAAAGCUGCUGCAGGUGUUUCUGUAAAGACUGUUUGAAUGUCUUGGUGGGACCAGGGACAUUUGAAAAGCUGAAGGAGGUGGAUCCAUGGAGCUGUUAUGUCUGCCUGCCCUCUAAGCGAUAUGGUGUGCUCAAGCUCAGGCCUGACUGGAGCGUUCGUGUCCAGGAGUAUUUUGCCAAUAACAGUGCCUUUGAAUUUGAGCCACAUAGAGUGUACUCUUCAAUUCCAGCUCAUCAGCGUCGGCCAAUCAAGGUCCUCUCCCUGUUUGGUGGAAUUGCAACAGGCUAUCUGGUUUUAAAAGACCUUGGCUUAAAGGUGGAGCGGUACAUUGCUUCUGAAAUCUGUGAAGACCCCAUUGCAGUCGGGAUGAUCAAACACAAGGGCCUGAUUGAAUAUGUAAAGGAUGUGCGGACCAUCACAAGGAAACAUCUGGCUGAGUGGGGCCCAUUUGACCUUCUGAUUGGUGGAAGUCCCUGUAAUGACCUGACCAUGGUAAAUCCAGCCAAAAAAGGUAUUUUUGAAGGCACAGGUCGGCUGUUCUUCGAAUAUUACCACAUGUUAACCUUGAUGAGGCCAAGAAAGGAUGAUGAUCGCCCAUUUUUCUGGCUCUUUGAGAACGCAGUAGCCAUGAGUGCCCAUGAUAAGGAAGAUAUCUCCCGCUUCUUGGAGUGUAAUCCUGUGAUGAUUGAUGCUGUGAAAGUGAGCCCUGCCCACAGGGCCCGUUACUUCUGGGGCAAUUUACCUGGAAUGAACCGAACACUGGCUACUUCACUCACUGACAACUUAGAGCUGCAUGACUUCCUGGAGGACGGACAAACAGCAAUGUUCAACAAAGUUCGCUCCAUCACCACCAAGUCUAACUCAGUUAAACAAGGAAAGAUGGGACCACUGCCUGUCACCAUGAAAGGAAAAGAGGAUUAUCUUUGGUGUACUGAAAUGGAAAGGAUAUUUGGGUUCCCAAAGCAUUACACAGAUGUGAAUAAUAUGGGGUGGACACGGAGGCAGAAGGUCCUUGGACGGUCCUGGAGUAUUCCCGUGAUUCGACACCUCUUCGCUCCUCUAAAGGAUUACUUCGCUUGCGAGUAAAGCCACCCACUUGUUCAGGCAGCACUGACACUAGUGGUCUAAAUGAGGAGAAAUCUAGAUACCCCAGUACAGAUAAAUGAU